AGAGGCGGCGGGCGCGGGCGGCCGAGCGGAGCCGAGCGCAGUCGAGCCGCGCCGAGCCGGGCCGAGCCGGGCCGGGCCGGGCCCAGGAGCGCGCGGGCGAUGCGGGUGGCCAGGCCGGGGUCGGCCGACCCCUGAACCUCGCGCCCCGGGCCAGCGAGGGAGCCCCGCGCGGCCACGCGCCCCAGCGGCCGGCCCGCCAUGGCCGGGGUCAGCUACGCGGCGCCCUGGUGGGUGAACCUCCUGCACCGGCUGCCGCACUUCGACCUGCACUGGGAGACCACCAGCAGUCAGUUCCGGCCCGAGGACACCGACUACCAGCAGGCGCUGCUGCUGCUGGGGGCCGCCGCGCUGGCCUGCCUCGCCCUGGACCUCCUCUUCCUGCUCUUCUAUUCCUUCUGGCUGUGCUGCCGGCGGCGCAAGAGCGAGGAGCACCUGGACGCCGACUGCUGCUGCACCGCCUGGUGCGUCAUCAUCGCCACGCUGGUCUGCAGCGCUGGCAUCGCCGUGGGCUUCUAUGGCAACGGGGAGACCAGUGACGGCAUCCAUCGGGCCACCUACUCGCUCCGCCAUGCCAACCGCACGGUGGCAGGGGUCCAGGACCGCGUGUGGGACACGGCCACCGCUCUGAACCGCACAGCAGAGCCCAGCCUGCAGAGCCUGGAGCGGCAGCUGGCCACGCGGCCAGAGCCCCUGCGGGCGGUCCAGCGGCUGCAGGGUCUGCUCGAGAUGCUGCUGGGCUACACAGCUGCCAUCCCAUUUUGGAGGAACACGGCUGUGUCGCUGGAGGCACUGGCUGAGCAGGUGGACCUCUACGACUGGUACAGGUGGCUGGGCUACUUGGGGCUGCUGCUGCUGGACGUCGCCAUCUGCCUGCUGGUGCUGGUCGGCCUCAUCCGCAGCUCCAAGGGCAUCCUGGUCGGGGUCUGCCUGCUGGGGGUCCUGGCCCUGGCCAUCAGCUGGGGCUCGCUGGGCUUGGAGCUGGCUGUGUCUGUGGGCUCCAGCGACUUCUGUGUGGACCCUGACACCUACGUGACCAGGAUGGUGGAGGAGCACUCGGUGCUGAGUGGAGAGAUCCUGCAGUAUUACCUGGCCUGCUCGCCCCACGCGGCCAACCCCUUCCAGCAGAAGCUGUCGGGCAGCCACAAGGCGCUGGUGGAGAUGCAGGACGUCGUGGCUGAGCUCCUGAGGACCGUCCCACAGGAGUACCCGGCCACCAAGGACCCCCUGCUCCGAGUCCAGGAGGUGCUGAACGGCACGGAGGUGAACCUGCAGCACCUCACCGCCCUAGUAGACUGCCGCAGCCUGCACCUGGACUACGUGCAGGCCCUGACAGGCUUCUGCUAUGAUGGCGUCGAGGGCCUCAUCUACCUGGCCCUCUUCUCCUUCGUCACAGCCCUCAUGUUCAGCUCUAUUGUCUGCAGCGUCCCUCAUACCUGGCAGCAGAAGAGAGGCCCCGACGAGGACGGGGAGGAGGAGGCUGCCCCAGGGCCGCGGCAGGCGCACGACAGCCUCUACCGCGUGCACAUGCCCAGUCUGUACAGCUGUGGCAGCAGCUACGGCAGUGAGACCAGCAUCCCGGCUGCGGCCCACACUGUCAGCAACGCCCCGGUCACCGAGUACAUGAGCCAGAAUGCCAACUUCCAGAACCCCCGCUGUGAGAACACCCCCCUCAUCGGGCGCGAGUCCCCACCGCCCUCACGCUAUCUGGCUGCCCUGGACUCUGGCAGCCACGCAGGCUGGCAAUUUAAGCCCAUGGACAGUGCCCGAACGUUGUGGUGGCCGUGUCCUCAGAGUGACAGUACACCUCCAGCAUGAGAGCCAAAUACCUCGCCACGAGCCAGCCUCGCCCCGACUCCAGCAGCAGCGGGCACUAGACCGCCCGGGCCAGCCACCACCCCACGUGCCAACCGCCCUCUCCUUCCCGUGCCAGCACUGCCGCUUAUAUCCGUGCUGCCCGCCGGACCCUCUGCACGUCGCCAGGCCCGCUGUGGGCACCUCUGCGGCCCCUUGCCCUCCCCUCCCCUUCCUGCAGGGGCGUGGGGUUACCUGGCAUGAGCCCCAGGCCGGUGGAGACGCAGAGCUCUGGGCCUGCAUCCUCUCCUUGGGUCACACACCUGGACACGUGGCAGCGCUGCCACCAAAGCCCGGGCCCUCCCGGCCCCACCCCCCUCGCCCCUCUGCCUCUGAGGAUUCGAGUUCCCAGAGCCCUGCUCUGGGCCGGACACGACGGUGCUGUGUCCCUGACGCUCCCUCUGCAGCACGCUGACCCCCGGACCCUGCAGCCUCCUGGCCUCGCACCCCAGCCCGCUCCUUCCCUCCUGCAGCUCUGACGCUUUUCCUGUGUGCCCUCGAUGCUUCUGGGCCUCGCUUCUUGGUUUGCAGGCAGCACAGGGCCCUGUCUGUGCUGGGCAUCUGGGGGACGGCGGUGUGCCCGCCCGCUCGUCUGUCUCCCCACCGUGGAGACUCCUGCGGCUUGUCCAUGCGCCUCUCUCUGCAGUGUCUGGAGCUCCUUCCUCCUCUCGCCCCGCCUGACCCCAGGCCCCCUCCUGACGGCUGCCCAAAGCCUCCACGGGGAGGCCCCCUUUCUCUGCCUCCUGUCCACUGUCGCUCUCUCCCUCAGCGCCUGCCCUGCCCGUGGCACCCAGCCCUCUGCAGUGGCAGGAGGACAGCAGGUGCCACGCCGAGCCCAGGCCGCUCAUUCACUGCUGGCCGUCUUCUUGGUGCCAAACCCCCUCCCCCACCCCAGAGACUUGGCAGCUCCGUCUGGGUCGUUUUUUGCACUAACCACAUUUGUCAUCUCCAGGGCAGGAAGCUGCGGGCCAAGCGGCACUGCCUUCUCGGUUCCCUCUCCAUCCAGGACAGGCGCUGUGCCCCGGAGCCCGGCCUCGAGGGCUGGACCCGAGCUGGCUGUGAACGCGCCCUCGGCCCCUGCUGCCCCUCUUGGGACUAACCACUAACCUUACCCCAGCCUCCACGGAUGCCCCUGGCAGAGCCGCGAGCAUGACCCUGAGUCCAGGCCAGAGACAAGGCCCAGGACAGCCGGCUGGGAGUCAGGCUGGAAUAGCCGUUUUUUCUUGGGGUGCUGCUGGGGGGGGGCGUGUAGACCGACAGGCAGCCGGAGGGCCUGGAGACCCCUCCCCAGGGGCAGUGCUGCCUCAGGAGGACCGUGUCCUCAGGAACGAAUGUCCCUUGGGCUGUAGGACCGAGGUCCCUGCGGCCUGGGUCUGCCCGCCUGUGAAGUGGGAGCAAGGCUUCCCUAAGGUGCUUUUGGCUUUAGUGUACAAUGUUUGCUGUUUCCUGCCGUGGAGGGUGGGGCCGCCCCCAAACCAGGACAGGAAGUGCCCUGCCAGCCCUGGCCCAGCCAGCCUGACAUGGACAGGCCGGAUGUGGGCUCUGGCCUGUGUGCCUGGCCAGGGGCAGCAGAGGACCACCCACAGCCACGUGUGAGGGCCCAGGCUGGGGUCCCGCAGCGGGGAACAGGCAGCUGGCCUGGCAGUUUACAGACACAUGGUCUCUUCCCCCAGAGCAGGGGGCAGCACCCCUUCCCUGGACAGGCCUGGGGGAGGCUGCCUUCCCUUCCUCUGCGGUCCCCCUUUCUUUGUGCUGGUGUCUGGGACCAAAAGUGUGGGUAGGGUGGGGGCCAAGCCACGUCUGCUCCGCCCUGGGAGGGGAGGGGAGUGGGUGGGCAAAUAUGGAGGUGCCCCAGGUGCGCCUGGGGCCCUGAGCCUUGAAUCUGAGCCCCUGGACAUGGCCACACCUCACUACAGGGCCCUGUGCUCCAGGGGCUGCCUGGCCCUUGUUCUGGUCCCCUACCAGGCCACAGGAGGCCUGCCCAGUCUUUCUUUGGGCUCCACCCAGGUCAGGAGGGGGCGUCAGCAGCCUGGCUGGGUGCUGCCGUGCGCCCCGCCACCGCUCAGAAGCACAAAUGGCUGCUGCGGCCGGCGGGCGGGGCCGCGAUGUGAAUGUACAUAGCAUGGGAGGUGGCAUUGUGCUCAGUGUCCACCGUGCGUCAUGUGCGCGUGCUGCCCCGUCUGUGACUCCACCUGCGUUCCCUCUGCUCACCGAGGUUGGAUAAAGGAAAAGGGGAAGAGUCAAAAGGGGUUCAAACCCAAGCCUCAGUCCGUGGAGAGGGAGCGCAUCCUGCCGUUGGUUUUCUGUUUCUGGGUUUUCGGGCCCCUUUCCUAACCACCCCCAUCCCGGUGACCUCUUCAUAUCCACUCCCACCCUGCACCAGUGGGCCUUGCGCCCCUCAGGCCCUGCUGCAUCUUGGGGGGUGGUCUUUAACCACGUGGGGGUAGGGGUGCUGUGGGGAUGGAGGGUGGGUGCCCCUGCCCAGCCCCCAACGGGCUGGGCAGCAGGUGGCAGGGCCCUCUGGGCAGGUGUCCACUCCCCCUCCCCUGGCCUGGUGGGCAGGGUUGGGGAGGGGGCGGGCCUGGUAGGAAGCCCCAGACCCUUCCCCUGCCAGGGCCACCCCAUGUCACUAUGCAAGUGCAGACGGAGCACCAGUCCCCUCCCUGCCCAGGACCCCUGCCAGCCCCAGGAGGGGUGGGUGGGGCGGGUGAGACUAGGGCCUUUGUGGGUUUUUUUUUUUGUUGAGCCGUAAUGGUUGUGUGCCGCAUCACUUUAUAUUUGUUACAUAUAACAUAUCUGGGUAUAGUUUUGUUAAGACUCCGACCCUCCCGGUUCCCUCCUGGCCCUUGCACCCGGUCCCACGGCCCCCACCCCCAUUCCUCCCCGCUUGUCAUUUAGCCUCCUGAGCAGGGACUGAGGCCCGAGCCUCUUCAUUUUCCUCCAACCUCCGCAGGGCCAUGGCUGUAUGUGCUGUCGCUGUGUGUUUUUUUGUUUUUUAAACUGGGUUUGGGGUUUGAUUUUUUAUUUCUUUGGGGGCUUUAUUUUUCUUAGCAAAUACUAAAAAUCUCGUCAAUGUAAUUUCUGUGGUUUCUAUUCAGCUUGGGUUUCAUGUUUUAAAAUAAACAAAUUUUAAAAAACAG